AUGUCUUCUCCUACUAUUGGCCAACGCAUAACAGAGCUUGCAGAGCCUGGGUUCCUCGGUGUCUCUGCUGCUUACAGCUUUGUGUCGGUGAUGCUCGAGACCAUGCUACGUGGCCAGCCGCUUGCGCCUAUAUUCAAGCUGCAAGAGAUCAAGGAUGAAGCCUUUUCCAGAUUCUGGAUCAGCUUUUCCGGUGCUCGUGAUGCAUCAGCUCCUGCACCAGAGCCUGUUGGUUCAAGUCUUCUCAUACCGCCUCUGCUCGCUCAUGCCGACGGAGUAGUUCUGGACAUCGGCCCUGGGACAGGGACACAAACGCGCCUCUUCACAAACCCGAAUCUACGCAUAAUGUAUGGCGCUGAGCCGUGCCUAGGACUGCACAAGGACCUGCACGCCAAAGUUGAAUCGUGUGGUCUGUCGUCAAAGUAUCGAAUCUUGCACUGCGGAGCUCAGCCAGAGUCCCUGCUUCCAGCGCUCAAGAAGGCCGGUGCGCUUAACGAUGCGACUAACGAAGGCAAAGGUCUCUUCGAUACCAUCGUCUGCGUCCGAGUCCUGUGCUCGGUCCCUGCACCGGAGAAGACGGUAAAGGGUCUGUAUGACUUGCUCAAGCCGGGUGGGAAGAUGCUAGUCUGCGAGCAUGUGGUGAAUCCCUGGACCACGGCCAAGGGAAGCGUGGUUGCAAGAAUCGUUCAGGUCGUAUAUACGCUUUCUGGCUGGAGUUUCUUCAUGGGUGGAUGCAAUAUGGAUAGGGAUACAGAACGUACGCUGCGAGCGGUUGCUGACGUUGACGGUGGCUGGGGGAGCAUCGACCUAGAAUCGUCUUUUACUUCGGGACCAUUGCCCUAUGUCUCUGGAACUCUGGUCAAGCGAGGAUGA